CACCAUUUCGGCUGGGCAACAAUUAAAGCCGCCUUAUCACUGGGUUGGCUCUUAUCGCAGAGAACCAUAAAUACUCAGAGAUAGGGAAGAAACGGGCAAAAAUAAAGAAAAUAUACGGGGAGAGUGAGUGAAAGUGAAUAGACGCGUUUUAGUUUCGUGCCAAUCGUCGAACGUGAAACACGUGCGGUUGUUGUAAGAAGUAUACCUACAUACCCAUAUUUUCCCAUCAUGAGUGCCGCAUCUUUGCGUCUGCUGGGUAAAACCAAACAAACCGCUCGCAUUGUGAUCGUGGGAGCGGGAUCUGCCGGAAUAGCUGCAGCCACCCGUCUUCUGGAACUGGGAUUCCGAAAUGUUCUCCUCCUGGAGGCCGAAGAUCGUAUUGGCGGGCGUGUGCACACGAUUCCCUUUGCGGACAACGUCGUCGAUUUGGGUGCCCAGUGGUGUCACGGUGAGAAGGGAAAUGUGGUCUACGAGCGGGUCAAGGAUCUGAAUCUGCUAGAGGCUACGGAACCCCACUACGAAACCUAUAAGUGCGUGCGAUCCAACAGAGAAGUUCUGCCCGAAGAAAUAGCAGAUCAACUGAAAACCAUAGCUGAAAACUCGAUACCAGACAGGCAGACAGAACUGCUUGAUUUCGACGGCUCCCUGGGUGACUACAUCAACUUGAAGUACUGGAAAGAGCUGGCCAAACUGCCGCCCAUCGAACGCACCAUUGCCGAGGAGUUCCUGGAGGUGUUCCACAAGUUCGAGGCCUCCGUGGAGGCGGCCGAUCACCUGUUCGAAGUCUCCGGCAAGGGACACCUGGAAUACUGGCUAUGCGAGGGUGAACUGCUGCUCAAUUGGCGGGACAAGGGCUACAAGAGAUUCUUGAGGCUUCUCAUGAAAGCCCAGGAGGACCAACCCGAUGAUCUGGGCAUCCUUAAGGGUCAUGUCCUGCUCAACAAACGGAUUGCCGAAAUUAAUUGGGAGGGAACGGGAGAGCUAACCCUGCGCUGCUGGAAUGGCGAGAUUAUCACCGCAGAUCAUGUCAUAUGUACAGUUUCGCUGGGAGUUUUAAAGGAGCAGCAUCCCAAGCUCUUUGUGCCCGCCCUGCCAGCGGCCAAAGUGAGAGCCAUCGAGGGUCUCAAACUGGGCACCGUGGACAAGUUCUUCCUGGAAUUCGAGAGUCCACCAUUGCCCAAUGAUUGGCCUGGCUUUGGUUGCCUCUGGCUAAAGAAGGAUCUUGAGGAACUGCGAGCCUCCGAACUCUUUUGGCUGGAGAGUGUGUUUGGCUUUUAUCCCGUCUCCAAGCAGCCACGUCUACUGCAGGGCUGGAUCAUUGGACCACAUGCCCGGCACAUGGAAACCCUAUCCGAGGAAAAGGUCUUAGAGGGUCUUCUGUGGCUCUUCAAGAAAUUUCUGCCCUUCGCGGUAGCUCAGCCUCUGCGAAUGCUGCGCACCCAGUGGCAUGCCAAUCCCAACUUCCGGGGCAGCUACACCUUCCGAUCCACCUACACCGAUGCCCUGCGGACGGGUGCCUGGGAUCUGGAGGCGCCGCUCCAGGAUGUGGGUGGCAGGCCACGCCUCCAGUUCGCCGGGGAGUCCUCGCACAAGCACUUCUACUCCACGGUCCAUGGAGCCGUGGAAACGGGCUGGCGCGAGGCGGAUCGUUUGCACCUAUAUUACCGGUCGCGAACUGCACAGCUGUGAGCUCACACCUCGUGACUCCGGUGGAAUGUUUGCAAAAGCGUGGAAUCGGGAUUUUCCACAGCCAAUGGGGCAUGAAAACUUAAUAUAUAUUUACUUUAUUUAUGUUCUCCGUUCUUUGCCAUUAAAAAUGUGUAGAAAUAGAGAAAGAAAAUAUUUAUUUUGCAAAUCUUAAAUGUUUUUGUAGAUGUCAAAAGAAUAUUUUACAAUAAUAAGACCAAGACUUUUUUAAUAAAAUGUA